GUCUGAAGAGGUGUUAGAGGGGCAGGAUUGUUCUAGCUGUCCCAGUGGCGGUGAGCUUGUGUGCGCUGCGGGGAGGUCCUGGGAAGCUGAGGCGGCUGCUACCUGACAGGAGGAUGGGGCUCUCGACCACCGUCUCCCAGAGGAAGCAGAUAAAGCGGAAGGCUCCCCGCGGCUUUCUAAAGCGGGUCUUCAAGCGACAUAAGCCUCACCUUCGACUGGAGAAAAGCGGCGACUUACUGGUCCAUCUGAGCUGUUUACUCUUUGUUCAUCGAUUAGCAGAAGAGUCCAGAACAAACGCUUGUGAGAAUAAGUGUGGAGUCAUUAACAAGGAUCAUGUACUGGCUGCAGCAAAGGUAAUUCUAAAGAAGAGCAGAGGUUAGAAGUCAAAGAACACAUUCUUGAAAAUGUAUGAUGCAUUAUUUUAGGUGGUAACAGGUCAUAAAAGCAUUUUUUACAUAUCAAUUAAUGUUAUGGAUUAUUAAAAUAUUGGCUA